UAUAGCCAUCCUACAUCGGCGUGUGGAUCAUACACCAGCCUCCAUACUCAGGAGAGAAGGCGAACAAUCAAUAUCUUUACAAAACUAAUCAGGGAUAUGCCGACCGAAGCUACACCUCUGCCAAACGCCUCAACACCAUGGGCAUCGAUGAAUAACACCACCCACAGCAACGACGAGGCCCACGAUGACAUCUUCAACGAAUACACCGGCUUCCGUGUCCAGACGUGGCCGUACGUCUUGUCUAUUGAUAUCAUAGCCGCAAUUGGUAUUGUUGGUAAUAUCUUGACCAUGGUGUUGAUGACGUCCAGGACGCAACGGCGGUAUUCCUACGCAAUCUACAUGGCGUUUCUUGCCGUCUUUGACUCUCUGGUUCUAGCAAUGGUUGCAACAGAGGACACCCUUGACCACUUGCAUGACCUCUUGGAGACCUUCCUGAACAGUCACAUUGUCGUGUGUAAACUGUGGGCCUUCAUCCUGGAAUGUUCUCUGAUAAUCUCUCCCUGGCUGCUAAUGUCGAUGUCAGUCGACCGCUACGUUACCGUAGUUCACCCAAGAUAUACAGAACGUGUCUGUAGGCCUCUCGUCUCCAUAGUAGUGAGCGUAAUCAUAUGUGUUGUUGCUAUGGUGUUGGUAUCGCCCCUAGUUCAUGCAGCGGAGUACAUACCUGAUGAUGAAACAAAGGAAGGUUAUAUCUGUGGAGUGGUUAACCCUGAUCUUGAAAAUUAUUACAUGUUUCUGUCUGCUAUAAUGGAAUCGCUGUUACCCGUAUCGCUCCUUUUUGGCUUCAAUAUCCACACUGUUGUCACUCUGUGUCGCUCUACAAGGAGCGUGUCGCACAUCAUGGAAGCCAAUGUCCGAAAAAUCACCAUCAGCAUCGUGCUGGUGUCGGUUCUGUCCGCGCUCGCUCUUGUACCAUUCGCUAUAGUUUACCUCAUUGAAUACAUACUGAUUGUGUCAGACACUGACCGGUACCUCAUCGGACUGUUCGGGAGUUUGUGGCAUGUGUUUAACGUUGUACGUUUGGUAAACUACGCCAUGAAUUUCUAUGUCCUCAUUAUAUCUUCAAACCAUCACAGAACCCUGUUGAUCCAAAAAGUCACUUGCUCUCGUAACGCCAAUCAAACCCAGAUGGAAAUGACAAAGGUAGACGGCAAUGACACGCGUGUUGACACAAACAUAUCGGCCAUAACAGAAGCUUGAAUCCCUUCAUCUGACCAUCUCAUUUUCUUCAUCAUUUCACUUAUCCUUUUGAACUCACCCGACAAUAGCGGAAAGGUGCGAGGAGCGCUGGAUCAGUUAGCUAC